AUGAAUCGUAUCUUUAAGACUAUGACCAAACUUGCCAUUAUGGAUUCUUCACCUGAGGGACGCUUAUUUCAGGUCGAGUAUGCCAUUGAGGCUAUAAAAUUGGGUUCUACUGCGGUAGGUAUUCAAACUUCCGAAGGUGUUACCCUCGCAGUUGAAAAGCGUGUCACCUCUCCGCUACUGGUGUCAAGUAGUAUUGAGAAGAUCAUGGAGAUUGAUACGCAUUUGGGUUGCGCCAUGAGCGGGUUGACCGCCGACUCUAGAACGAUGAUAGAUCACGCUAGAGUGGAGGCACAG